GUGUGGAGGAAGAGCUGAGCGGGGAUACACACUGCUGCUCGGCCUCUUGCCUGUGGAUACAAACCGAGAUGGUCCUCUUCCAAAAAACACCUUAAAAUACAUUUCAAAUAACCUGCGGAUUAAAGCACGGCUCGGGAUUCCGACGCGUCUCUGAUCGCGGCUCAGGUCUCUGAGAGUCCCGAGGAAACGUCCCUUUGUUCGGCUGGUUUCAUCUGCCCUUCACCUGCAGCAUGGAGCAUUUAGAGAAGGAGCUCCGGGCGGAGGACGAGGCUGAAUAUGAGGAAGAAGCAGUGGACCCCAGAAUCCAGGGGGAGCUGGAGAAACUCAACCAGUCCACUGACGACAUCAACAGAUGUGAGACAGAGCUGGAGGACGCGAGGCAGAAGUUCCGCUCGGUUCUGGUCGAGGCCACGGUGAAGCUCGAUGAACUGGUGAAGAAGAUCGGAAAACCAGUGGAGGAGUCCAAGCCGUACUGGGAGGCCCGAAGGCUGGCCAGACAGGCCCAGCUGGAGGCCCAGAGCUCCACUCAGGACUUCCAGAGAGCGUCGGAGGUUCUUCGGGCGGCGAAGGAGACGAUCUCUCUGGCGGAGCAGCGCCUCCUGGAGGAGGACCACCGGCAGUUUGACUCCGCCUGGCAGGAGAUGCUGAACCACGCCACGCAGAGGGUGAUGGAGGCGGAGAAUACCAAGACGAGGAGCGAGCUGGUGCACAAAGAGACGGCGGCCAAAUAUACGGCGGCCAUCAACCGCAUGAAGCAGCUGGAGAAAAAACUAAAACGCACCAUCAGCAAGUCCAAGCCCUACUUUGAGAUGAAGGCCAAGUGCUACCUGCAGCUGGAGAACCUGAAGAGGGUCGUAGACGAGCGGCAGGCCAGGCUCUCUCGCGCUAAAGGCGAGUACAAGAUGGCGCUCAGGAACCUGGAGAAGAUCUCCGACGAGAUCCACGAGCGGAGGAGGAGCUCCUCCAUGGGGCCGAGGGGCCGCGGCGUGGGGUCCGAGGGCCACAGCGUCUCCGGGGACGACGGCUCCAACUUCAAGAUGGAGUCGGACAGGAUCUCCAUGGCGUCAGUGUGUUUUGAACCCAUCAUCAUGUCGGAGGAAGAGUCUGAAACUCGCUCCCCCUUCAGUCUGGUCUCGUCUCCCAGCAGCCCCCAGGAGCUCCUCUCACCCUGCCCCUUCGUCAGCUCCUCUUCCUCCUCCUCCUCCUCUUCAUCACCCACUCCCUCUUCCUCCUCCUCCUCCUCUUCCUCCCCCUCCCCCUCCUCCCGGCCCUGCAGUCUGGACCUCCCCUCCUCCGUGUCUCUCUCAGAUUUCGGUCUGAUCUCUCCGGUGCUCGGGCCGCGGAGCGAGUGCAGCGGAGCGUCGUCUCCGGAGUGUGACCUGGAGAGAGGGGACCGAGCUGAGGGUGCAGAGGGGGAUCUGGACAACGCUCCGCCCUCCAACAACAACAACAACAUCACCCCCCCCUCCUCCUCCAGCACCAAGAGGAGCUUCAGCCUGGAGACGCGCUUCAGCUUCCUGAAUCUGCGCCGCCCACGCUCCGAAAACGCAAAAAACUCAGACAAGUCUUCCAAGAAAGCCGAUCAGACUGAGGUCUCUGUGAAAGGACUGUGAGGAGACAAAAGGAGGGUUUCUUGGAUGGAUAUUUUAGCCAAACUCUAAAGAACUGAUCCACGAACGCACUCCAUUUAGAGACUGCAGUGAGAGAGAGAUGCUGAAUGUCAUGUAAGGUGUAAAUAAAGUUUCCUGUACAUCACGGCGGCGAUUUCCCUCCCAUUUUCUUCACGAAGGACGAGGCACAUUUGGACUCUGAUCCCUGAGACUGUUGACAAUGUGUUGGUGAAGGAACUGAGCGAUGGUUAGUCUUUAUUCAUGUCGUUAUUUUAUUGUUAUUUGUUUAAAAAGAACCAAGCUUCCGUCACAGAAAGGAAAUGUACUUUAGCAGCCUGACCUUUUCACUUGGGGAUCAUUUUAAAAAGUGCUUUAUCUAUUAAAUAAUUGGUUUAACUGUUAAUGUAAAUUGAGAAUGUGUUACUGUUGAAUGGCACUUAGAAUACUGUAAACCAUGCAGAGGUGAUGUUGAAGGAAAUUAAGUCACACAUGGAGAUGUACAAUAAAUAACCUGUGUCUUAAACUGCUUAACGCUCUUGUAGUAAAUGUAUGUUGUGUUUUCUAAAGUUAUGUAUCUACUGUAAAUGUUCAGGUUUAGGCACUAUAAAUGGGAUUUUUCAUAAAAGCUUCUUAAAGGACA